AUGAACACUUUCAAUGUGGUGAAGAGACAAAUGCUCACCCACGAGAUUCCAAUCGACCCUGAUAUCAAAGCCAGAACUGAAUACCGUAUCCCCCGUUUCCGGGUGUCAGAUCAAUCAUCUGUUGAGGUUUUCGAGACAACUAACGCGGUAUCCACCACCAUGGCAGAGCAUUCAUUCACCCAAACAGACGUGGAAGUUUCAUUUGGCGCCGGCGCAUUCGGUGUGACUGGAGGGGCCAAAGCGGCAUAUACUACUAGUGAGAGAAACGCCUUGACAGCCGCCAGGGCUCAACAAAACAAAACUAUGCACAUAAACUACAAUUUCCCCCGUGCUAUUGUACAGCUUGACGCGGAGAGUUUGGAACUAACCCCUGAGUGCAGAGCUGAUCUAGAUGCCAUCGUUGAUGCGGAUAGCCUGCACAUAUUUCAUCUAAAAUAUGGUCAAUUCUUCCCAACCCGCGUGGAGCUGGGAGGCCGACUUUACUUUUCGCAGGAGACUCAGGCUGUCCAGGGAUCCGAUUUCCAGUCCAAGACAAAAGCAAUGAAAGCAGCAGCAUCCCUAUCCUUUUCAUCGCCUUACGUGCAGGCUUCUGCCAGUGCCAGUCAUGAGACUGCCACCGACGUCAGUAAACAGACGACUCUCAGCAGACUUGAUAAUGCCAUCACUUGGCAUGCUAACGGUGGCGACCCUCUGCUCUGUAACAAUCCGCCAGCUUGGUGUUCUACAGUGGCCUCUUUAUACAAUUGGCGAGUGGUGAAGCAAAGUGGCUUCCAAUCAAUGGUAGAUUUGAUCAUCUCCCUAAAAGACUGCCUGAAGUAUAAGACCAAAUUUGAAAUAAGCCCCGAUACGGAUAUGUCAAUGUCCGAUGGCGAUAAGCCAGUCACGUCGUUCGCGAGGUUUUUCUUGAAAACCAAGGAGAAAAAAUAUCUUAAUUUCGAGCAGAUUGAUUCAAACAUCGCAUUGAAAUCUCUCCUUGAUGACAUCAUGAAGAAAGAGAAAGCUGACCCCGAAUAUAUGGCCCAUUUAAAGAAGGAAGGUAAAACCUCGUUAUCAUUGCUGGUCAAAUUUAUUAUCUCAGGUCAAGGUAUGGAGCCUUGGGUGACGCAGUUGGUUGAUGAGGAGCCGACCAAGUGGCCAUUCCAGGUCCAGGUCACAUCUGAACCAAUUGACAUGGGAAAGAUCAAAUACAACACCCCUUAUCAGCUUCAGGUUCGCGGCGUCUUGCCUCAAGCCGCCUACUACCUCGCCGCCAUACCCGUUAUGCCUGGCUUUUACCAUAACACCUGUCUCCUAGCGUCUACCGAUGCAGAUCACGGGGCUUGGCACGUUCCUCCCACCUUCACUUUUAGAUUGCAAUCCACAAAUGGUACCGUCAAGAAAGGCAUCAUACCAGACAAAACACAAGUGAUUCUCGAAAUCAUGAAUGAUGAGGAUCCAUUGAACCCAGUGUUUGUGGGCGAUACCGGAGUCAUGUUUGAGAAUCUCGUGGGCACAAAGGAGUAUACGGUUCAAGAUCCUACUCCCGCACUCGAGUUUACUCUUUUGUAUACGGAGUGA